AAUACCUACAGUGGCAGUCACGUUGCAAGCGGCGUGGGUCAUUAUUAUUGUGGCAUAUUCUGACAAAAGUACCUACUUGGUAGUAUCAGACUCGGUAUUUUAGUUAGACCACGUUCGGAUUGUGUUUAUCGAUUUCGACGUAGUUUACAAUUUACUUAAGACUUUCUAGAAACUGCUAAAUCUCUUGAUAAAUUGUUAAAAAUAUUAUUACAAAAAUUCAAACUAGUAAAUAAGUGGAAUACGAUAGUUUUUCUGAAACUGAUUUGGCGAUUUCUAUUGUGUGCUCAUUUUGUGCUACUAUACGAACUUUAUCAGUUUAGUGAGAAAUCAAUAAGAUUUAAUAAUAUUUACAUUUAUUACUAACGACGGACUGUAACUAAUUUUUUAUACAGCUCAUAGUAAAAUUAUUAAUAAUUGUUUUUGAAAAUGGAAUGUUUUAUGGAUUGUUAUAUUUAUCUCAAAAGAACAUUCUCUUUAAAUCUGCUAUUGAACUAAUUACAAGCCGCAACUUUGAAAGAUAGACUGUUGAAAGAAAAACCUAGAAACAUGGUAAAAUACCUAAAACAGGCAAAAGAUGCCCAUCAUGUAGGAAUUAAAACAAAGGUACUAAAUAUCUCAGAUAAGGAAAUAUUUGUAGGCAAAGAUGUCAGUGGCUUAGCUAUGUUAGCUGCCGUGGAGACGCUGCCGGCGUCGGGCCUGGCGCCCAGGCUGCUUCCGCCGGCGCGCAACCCGACCGGAAAGCACACCGUCCAUUGGUUUAGGAAAGGUCUACGCCUUCACGAUAAUCCAGCUCUACGAGAAGGCCUCGUUGACGCUACGACGUUCCGAUGCGUCUUCAUCAUCGACCCCUGGUUUGCUAGCUCGUCCAAUGUCGGAAUAAACAAAUGGAGGUUUCUUUUACAAUGUCUCGAAGAUCUGGACAGCAGUCUCAAGAAGUUAAAUUCCAGACUGUUUGUGGUUAGAGGGCAGCCCGCAGACGCGUUGCCAAAGUUGUUUCGCGAAUGGGGAACCACCGCGCUCACAUUUGAGGAGGACCCGGAGCCCUACGGGCGCGUGCGAGACCAUAACAUUAUGACAAAAUGCCGAGAAGUCGGCAUCUCCGUCACCUCACGGGUUUCUCACACUCUUUAUAAGUUAGACAAUAUUAUAGAGCGUAAUGGAGGUAAGGCUCCUUUAACAUACCACCAGUUUCAAGCGCUGAUAGCGAGCAUGCCGCCGCCGCCCCCGGCCGAGGCGAGCAUAACAGUGCAGACACUUAACGGCGCUGUCACACCCAUCGCGGACGAUCACGAUGACCGCUUUGGCGUACCUAGUCUUGAAGAACUUGGGUUUGAGACAGAAGGUUUGAAGCCUCCCAUAUGGGUUGGUGGUGAAAACGAAGGAUUAUUAAGGCUAGAACGCCAUUUGGAGAGAAAAGCUUGGGUUGCUUCUUUCGGCCGGCCUAAAAUGACACCCCAAUCUCUUUUAGCGAGCCAAACAGGGUUGUCUCCUUACUUGAGGUUCGGCUGUUUAUCCACCAGGCUUUUCUAUUAUCAAUUGACGGAAUUGUAUAAAAGAGUAAAACAAGUACGGCCGCCAUUAUCGUUACAUGGACAAAUACUUUGGAGGGAAUUUUUUUAUUGUGCCGCGACCAAAAACCCUAAUUUUGAUCGAAUGGAAGGCAAUCCAAUAUGUGUACAAAUUCCAUGGGAGAAAAAUCAAGAUGCUCUCGCGAAAUGGGCAAGUGGCAAAACCGGGUUUCCUUGGAUUGACGCCAUCAUGAUUCAGCUGAGAGAGGAGGGCUGGAUCCACCACUUGGCGCGACACGCCGUCGCCUGCUUCCUCACUAGAGGCGAUCUGUGGAUCUCAUGGGAAGAGGGUAUGAAGGUGUUCGACGAGCUGCUGCUGGACGCGGACUGGUCGGUGAACGCGGGCAUGUGGAUGUGGCUGUCGUGCUCGUCCUUCUUCCAGCAGUUCUUCCACUGCUACUGCCCCGUGCGCUUCGGCCGCAAGACUGACCCCAACGGGGACUUCAUUAGGAAGUACAUUCCAGCGCUAAAGAAUAUGCCGACUCGAUACAUCCACGAGCCGUGGCAGGCGCCCGCGGCGGUGCAAGAGGCGGCGCGCUGCCUCGUGGGCCGCGACUACCCCAUGCCCAUCGUCGACCACCACAAGGCCUCGCAGACCAACAUCGAGCGCAUCAAGCAGGUGUACGCGCAACUCGCCAAGUUUAAACCUCCAGGGUCAUUAAAUCCGCAAAUAGUGCAAAGGCCAAAUGUCAUGCAGUCGUCGCCGAGCCCUACAUCAAUAAUUGUGAACAUAAAUCAGUCCAACUAUUUAUGCAGUCAAACACCCGAACCGCCACAGAAUACGCCUGAAUUUAAAGAGGACUAUGUAUUCCUGAAACCUAGAAAUAAUAGGAUUAAAGUAGAUCCUAAUAAACAAACACCUUUCAAACAAAUCGUUAUUAUUCAACAAGAUCAAAGUCAGAGGGUACAACGCCAGCCACCGGCAGAAGUUAGCUACAUCAUUAACAACAUGCAACGUCCAGUCAAGUCGGAGAAUUACGACUUCAAGAAAUUAGUAAUCAACAAUUCAAUUCCUAAUGAACGAGAUACAUUUGUGAACGAAACGACAGACAAACAGGAAGCCUAUGAGCAAAAUGUUAAUUUAGACGAAUACACUACUAGUAAACCUAAAUUAUAUUUUAUAGAUAAUGGAGUUAUCUCCCAUGAUGAUAACGCACCAAAUUUUAUACCCCAGUCAUAUGUCAAUGAUUACAAUAUAAAGGAAAAAUCACAACAAAAUAUUGAUGACACUACACGUGUUCAUAACAUGGAAGUCGACAAAGAUCAAACUAAAGCAGAUGACAAAAAAACAGUAGGUGAGAAAUAAACCACACCAUUAAAGGCCGGCGCACAUAUGGCGGAGCGCAGCGCGGAGCAUUUUUCAGUCAAAAUAUUAUCGACCUUUACUCAUUGAAAUAAUAUCUAAAAUCAAAUGUGCAUUCGUGGGGAUACUCGCGCAUCCGUGCGCAGUCCCGCGCAUUCUCUGGU